CCGCCCCUCGCUGUUCCCCCUUCAAGUUUGCCUGUAAAUCUCAACCUGGGAUCUUGUGUACCUCCACCGGUUGCCGUCUGGAUCCUGACCAAAGUGGCGUCCCUUCCCUACCGAUUUAAAGCCGGCGGCGACGGAAAGAUGCCGGGCGCCGUUGGCAGCGGGCACUCGCACAGGCCCACGACCAAGACAACGCACAAGCCGUUCAAGUCACGGAAGGCAACCAAGGGCCAGCUGCGAAAUGCGGCCAAGGGCCGGAUCUCAGGCGAAAAGGGACAGCGCAAGACGCCGCACCAGCAAGUCAUGUCGAAGCUCGACCGGCGAAACCAGGCCAAGCAGAGGCAGCUGGAGAAGGCCCGCGAACACCAGAAGGAGGCGUCCAUCUUUGCUGGAAAGGACGGAGCCCCCCGAAACGUCGCCGUCAUCCCGCUCUGCGCCGACUCGGACGCCGCCGCCGCUAUCCGGAGCCUGAACGGGAGUGUCGACAUUGAAGCCGAGGUGCACGAUGGGUGCUUCCGAGUGCCCGUGGACAGGUUCAAGCAGAAGCUGCAGUAUGUCCCGCUCAGCAGGGACCUUACUGCGUGUCUGGAUGCUGCGCGGGUCGCCGACUUUAUCGUCCUCGUGCUCUCGGCCGAGGUGGAGGUCGAUGACCUUGGCGAGCUGAUUUUGCGGAGCGUCGAAGGCCAAGGCAUGUCGACCCUCUUCACGGUUGUCCAGGGGCUGAACAAGAUCGAGCCGGCCAAGCAGCGGCUGUCGGUGGUCUCGUCCCUCAAGUCAUACAUCACACACUUUCACCCCGAACAAGAGAAGAUCUACAGUCUCGACAACCGUCAAGAAUGCGCGAACUUGAUGCGGUCUCUGUGCAGCACUACGCCCAAGGGCGUCCGCUGGAGGGAUGAGCGAAGCUGGAUGCUGGUCGAGGACAUCCAGUGGGCGACCUCGGGCUUGGCGCCCACCAUCCUGACCGGUGUCGUCAGGGGCAGGGGCUUGAAGGCGGACAGGUUGGUGCAAGUGGGCGAUUGGGGAACUUUCCAGAUCGAAAAAAUUACGGCGGCGCCGCUUGCGACGCGGAAAAGGAAAGGCGAGGACACGAUGAAUGUGGAGGACGGCGCCGAGGAGGAGACGCUCGAGCUCCCGACCGAAGAGCGGGAUACCCUCGACGACCUUGCGCCGGAGGAGGCGGCCAUGGGGGAUGGUGACGAGGACAUGGAUGCUGCUACAACCGUGACAACAUCCAGGAAGGGUGUGUUGCUGGAUGACCAUCACUACUUCUCGGACGACGACCGGGUCGAGGAACUUCCCAUGCCGAAGAAACUUCCCAAAGGUACAUCCAAGUACCAAGCCGCAUGGUUCUUGGCCGACGAGGACGUGUCGGACUCGGGCUCCGAUUUGGAAGAUUACGACAUGCAAGACGCCGAGGGAGAGGAAGAAGCGCGGCCGGAAGACGGAAUGGAGGGUCUCGCUGGGGACGCCAUGACGGAGGCUGGGCCGUCCGAGUACCCUCAGUCCGUAGCCUUCAUCGAGCCCGAUGAGGACGAAGACGCCAGGGCGCUGGAGGCGUACCGGAAGAGCAAGAGAACGGAGGCCGAAGAUGACUUGGAAUUCCCCGACGAGAUCGAGCUUCACCCGAAGGUGCUGGCCCGCGAAAGGCUGGCCAAAUACAGGGGUCUCAAGAGCCUGAGGACAAGCCCGUGGCUGGAGGACGAGGAUCGCGCGUUUGAGCCGGAGGAGUGGCAGCGGCUGUUGCGCAUCCCGGACUACAAAGCAUCGCGGAUCCGAGCUGCGCGCGAGGCCUUGGUCGGCGGCGUGGCUCCCGGGACGCGCGUCCACGUCUACGUCAAAGGCGUGCCUGUAGCGAUCCAAAAGUCGUACAACCCGAGCAGGCCGGUUACCCUUUUCUCGCUCCUGAGGCACGAGCAGAAGCGAACAGCGGUCAACGUCCUAAUCAACCUCAGCUCCGAUUUCCCGUCGUCGAUCAAGGCGAAGGAGGAGCUGAUCGUUCAGUACGGCCCCCGCCGGUUCGUCAUCAACCCCUUGUUUUCGCAAGGUGGCACCACGCCCAACAAUGUCCACAAGUACUGCCGCUACUUGCAUCCGGGGCAGUCCGCCGUAGCGACGUUCAUGGGCCCAGUCACAUGGGGCUCUGUGCCGGCGCUCUUCUUCAAGCGGACCGUUCCGAGUGCUGGAGCGGAAAUGGAAGACGAGGAGGAAGGACAGGGACCCACUCUUCCCCUGACCCUCGUUGCCACGGGAACCACGCUGCCACCGUCGACGUCCCGUGUCAUCGCCAAGCGGGCCAUCCUCACCGGGCAUCCCUACCACAUCCACAAGAAGAUCGUCACCAUCCGGUACAUGUUCUUCAACCGUGAGGACGUCGAGUGGUUCAAGGCGCUGCCGCUGUGGACCAAGCGCGGCCGCAGCGGGUACAUCAAGGAGCCGCUCGGCACCCACGGGUACUUCAAGGCCACGUUCGACGGGCGGAUCAACCCGCAGGACACAAUCGGUGUCAGCUUGUACAAGCGGGUGUGGCCGCGCAAUGCCCGGCCGCUGGAAGGGCCGCUUCUGGACCCUACGCUGGUGCAGGCAGCCGAGGCGGAUGCGAUGGAUGCAGAUGUCGAGUGAAUGAUGAGCUUUCACAUAUACACUGUCCUGAAAGGGGUUUUAUGACGGCGUUAUUGGAAUAAAGAGAUAUUACGGCUGCCGGAUGCUUUCUGAGUUUCGGGCCCGGAGC